UUUCAUUGAGAGCACAUCCACGUGAUUACUACAGAGUCCUGUCUCUACGCCAGAUUACGGAACGGAAUCCUCGAAUGCCGUAGAAUGCCCUCAUUGUGAGGUCGUGUUGUCGUUGUGAGCCGUCCAGAGCACAGGUCAUCUUCUCGAUCCUUGUGGUGUGUAUUGUGUGUGAGGCAUAGUCUAGUGUCUGUGGGAAGGAGUCCCAAAGGUCCCUGCGUAAAAAUUGAAGCCAGUUUUUGAUCCCAGGAAGCAGUUGUGCUGUUCUUCUUUAUUGCAUCUUCUUGUGAUGAUGUUGGUGUUGGGAGUGGCUGUGACCGUGUGGCUCGUCGACGACCUCGCAUUCCAUGAGUGAGCUUGAGCCGCGGCCGCCGCAGUCUUUGCCGUGGAGGGCGUGGCCUAAACUGUGCCCGCACCCCGGGCCUCUUCUAUAAUGGUGAGGGAAACCCGACAUCUUUGGGUGGGAAAUCUGCCCGAAAACGUCAAAGAAGAGCGCAUCAAGGAAUACUUCAAAAGGUUUGGUCGUGUGCAAAGUGUGAAGCUCCUUGGUGUCGGAACCAAAGGAAACAAUGAGAACAGUGAGGCCGCUACGGUGGCCUUCAUGGACAUCACCUCAGCGCUUAAGGCCCAGAGUGUGGAACACAAUUUAGAGGAUCGCGUUCUCAGGACGUGCUUUUAUGACCCGCGCUCAGGUGCGGAGAGUGAAAGCGGGCCCGGACCCGGUGGAGGAGGGGGACGGAUAGUGAACAGUGUGGGGGGGACAGGCAGUGUGACUGGAAUCGGGCCUCCUGCCCCAUCUUCAGCCAUUCAAGCAAGGCUUCAUGGUUCUGAUGACCUUAAUCGAUCUAGUCAUGGGGGCAAUGGAGGAUAUUAUACCAACAGUCGAGGACCCCGUUACGAUGACUACCGUGGCAGUCACAUCCGAGGAGGUCACGGACGUCCUAUGUACCGAACAUCGGCCGCAUAUGUCGGCCCAGGCGAAAGCCGAGGCACCGGUGGUCCCGUGGGGUAUCGAAGCAACGCUUCUUGGUCAGACUCGUCUCGAAUCCUGAACCCGGCCAUCGCGCCCUCUUCCAAUUCGAAUGACUUAUCGUACCUGAGAGAUUCACCCUCUUUAGCUUCGGCCGCUAGUCCUGCAGGCUCCACGGGCAGUGUGGGCAGUUCUGGUAGCAGCCGAAGAGAUAGCCGCAGUCUCAAUGGACACCUUCGUAGCCGAGGUGGUCAGCCACCAGCGGACUACUUGCAUCACAGCAGCUCAGCCGCAGCCGUCGCUGCGGCCUCACUUCGCGUCAGCAGCCACAAGAACCCUUCGUUGGCAUCGGGUAGUAGUCGGAGACAUGUGAGCUCUCUGAGGUCGCCGUCCUCCAUUCACGGAGGAAGCGGGGCCUCCACACCUGUGCACUCGUCAUCCCGCACCCCUGGGAGCGGUCUGGGAAGUGGUCCCGUCAACCCUGUGGCGUCUUCGUGUCGAAGUAGUGAUGACUCCGGGUCAGACUCGAGCUCUGACGAUGAUGGUGCUAGUGAUAGAGACGAUGGUAGUUCGGACUCGGGUGGGAGCUCGUCCAGGUCAUCCUCAGCCUCAUCCACGAGGUCGUCUCGACGAGACGCCUCCAGCAUCACCCACCGAUCUCAAACAAACUCCACAUCAGCUACGAACACAAGCUCAUCUCUCAGCAGCCUGAACAAGCGGCGAUUGGGCACCGCACCCGCCAAAGCUGUGGAGGACUCGAGUCGAACACAUUGUGCAAUAUUUCUCCGAAAUCUGCCUGCCAGACCAAGUGAUCUCUCUCUACAAGACUCGCUCUAUCACGAGUUCCAAAAGUUGAUGUGUCUUGAUGUGGUGUCUGUGCGUAUUGUGAGCAGUGGUCGAUCUGGUCGCUAUGCUGUGAUCUAUUUCAAAUCUAUGAGUGACGUCAAUAGGGCUCUGGAGCGAGCUGGGGCCAAGAAUGGGCUCAACCUCGACUCCUCGUCCUCAUUACAGGGCCUAUCCAGUCCGGUCACGCCCAAUUCCGGUGUCUUGGCUGGGGCUGAAGCCGAAGUCUUUCUUGCCAAUGGUGAACUGAUCGAGGAUAAACGCUUAUUUUUCCGACCCGGGGAUUCGGAGAUGGACGAAUUCUACCCAAGGGCCACCCGAACGCUUUACGUGGGCAACAUCUCGAAGGAGAUUGUGGCCCGAAAUCUUCAUGACAAAUUCAGUGAUUGUGGAGAGAUCCUCGAGAUCGAUAUCAAAAAGAACACUCAGUUUGCUCUCAUUCAGUUCAAUAGUGUGUCAGCUGUCUGCAAGGCUAUUCGGUCGUUUGACGGCGAGCCUUUCCAAGGCGCCGGUCGGCUCAAGCUGGCCUUCGCUAUAGCCGCGCCGACCAAGUGUGUGUGGUGUCAUGGUCUGAAUGAAGCAGUGAAUGAGAAGGUGCUGGCCGCAGAGUUUGGCCGAUUUGGCCAGGUGAAUGAUGUUCUAGUGAACAGCGCUAAGGGAACCGCUCUCAUCUACUUUGAUCAGACAUUGACUGCCCAACGAGCCGUUUUGGAGCUUCGCGGUCGUUCUCUCAUGGGUUCUCGGAUCCAAACUGAUUACGCUUCACACGAAUGUCGAGCUGCUUUCUUUGAAGCUUGCAAAAAGGCUGGCUUGGAUAUCAGGGAUAAGGCCAGGCAAGGCAUCAACACAACAGGAGGCGAUUCGACAACAACCCCGUCAUCAGCUCCACCCACCACAACACCCAUUGCACCAUCUUCAAAUUCGGCUGUGAAUGACACCACUCCAAGAUUGGAGGACAUGGAAGAGCAUACCAGACGCUACCCGUCAUCCGAUCGGAGUGGCUCGUCACAAAGAUCCUACACGCCCAGUGGGUUCCACAAUCGGUCCCCGUCACCGACUCUCAAGGCCGGGAAUGGCAAUGUGAGUGAGUUUCAUCAUCGUUACCAUGACCGGGACUUGGGCUCGUCAGAAUCGCCCGCCCCACAUCGGCGGGUGACCAGUCCCACUGGCAGCACCGGUGGUCUCUCCUACGUGGACCCUCAUGGGGGUGAUCUCAGGGAUUCUUUGAAUCGCACCAAGGAGCAUCGCAGUCGUUUGGGCUACCGAGGCACAGCCAACACUGAUCUGGGCUCAAAUCGCUACGGGAGCAAGUCUGAGGGCCGUGACCGGAAUCUCUCCCCUGGAACGAGUUCGGGAGACGAGAACCAAGUUGGUGAGGGCAAGGAGCGCAAGAAGACCAAUUGUGGUGGUCUUGAUAGUGGAUUGAGCAGUGAAGACCACGGAUCAACGGGUAGUGCCGUGUCGAUGGAAGAUCCCUCCCAUCUCAAUGGAGAGGGCGGACCCACCACGGGACCAGUGCACCAUUCAGAUCUCCACCGUCAUCACCAUCACCACCAUAACAACCAUCACCAUCAUCACCAUCAUGGCUCUAGCCGCCACAACAAGCUCCUGUCGGUGAAGACCUUGGGUGAUUACGAUAAGGUGAGGAGACCCUCCUCCGAUUCCGCUUUGUCAGAUGUGGCUGCCUCGCCUCACGAGGUGGUUCUUUACCACAAACAGCGCAAAUUUGACGCCAGAAGUGGCGGAUUGAACAGCAAGGCCGGAAGUGCUGAUGAGGACGAGGACGACGAGGACAAUAGCCGACCGGGCACGCCCCUCUGCGAUGAACCUCCCGAGCAUAUCCCCAACGCCAAUCCCGUGCGGCUGUCGACCGCAUCUUCGUCAAUCCCCUCACGACUGUCGUCAUCGUCUUCGGAGCCCAUGUCUCUCCCACUGCCCCGAUUUGCCCAACAAGUCCUUUCACCCGCGCCAAAGACCAGUAGCGUCAUUUCACAUCCUCUCUCAAUCACGGCUGGUGCCAAGGUUCCGAGAGAUCGAGACCCGAGACUGAAAUCCCCGCCCAUUGCGGCUGCCCCUUCUCCGAGCUGUUUGAAGUCUCCACCUCCCUUGAAAUCUCCAGGCUCGACAAGACACUCGUUUGACUCGUUCCCGAGCUCGAACUCGACCUCGUCAUUGUUGGGUAAGGGUCACCAGACCCCGCAGAUUGCCAUCAAUGCCGUGUGUGAUGCCAGCAAGCCUCAAGACCCUAGAUUGGCCGGACUUUUGCAAGUGGUACCUCGUCUUAACUCGAUCUCGUCCAUCUCCACCACACCCAAGUCCCCGUUGACCACGGAGAGCAAGGACGAUGAGGUCUUCAAGAAAGGCACGGAAUCCACUCCCGCCGAGCUUGACAGCAAAAACGUCGAGGGUGGUGCUAGUUUGGGUGAUCCAGACACACUCUCACUGGAAGAGCGACUCCGAGUUCUCGAUGAGAAGUACCAAGAGUGGUCAGGAUCAGCCAAGGGCAAUGGACCAGCCCCUGGAACCCCCGGAAGCGGAGGAAGCAAUCCGAACAGCUCCAGUCAUCCUCGAUCUCAGUUCAGUGCGAAGUUCAACCUGGACCUUAAACCCGCCAAGCAAUCGGCCAUUGUGCAACGGCUUCUCUCUCGCAAGAGCGUGUUUGACGAGGACUCCAAGCGUUUGGAGAACAUUAACGAGAAGUAUGAUUCUGCCCAGGGAGGUGAAGAUGAAGAAGUCAAGCCUUUGAGUGUGGGAUCCAUCAACUUUGGAGCGGGAUACAACACCAUCUCGACCCUCUCCGACAAGGCUCCGGCGGUGUCUGCCCUGACAAAUGCGGCGCCCAGUGGCAACAUUUCUACCUCAACCAAUCUACAGCCACAACCACCCUCGAGUGCACUGACGUCCCAGUCGCCUCUAAAUACUCCUCUGAUAGCAGCCGCUCCAGAGACCUCAUCCCCAUUGGCUAUGGUCGCAUCGCCCUCGCAACCCCAACUCAAAAGCUCAACUUUUCCAUCUGCUCUCCCCAAGAACAUGCCCACCAUGGAACCAGCUUCCAAAUCGUCUUCUCCCUUGACAGACUCAAUGACCUCAUUCGACCCCAAACCUCCAGUCACAACAACACCCUUGGUGUCCUUGCCCGUGAAGACUCUAAAGACGAGCUCAUCACCGGCUCUGCCCAAUGUCUUGUCGAAAUCCGAUGAUCCAGCUACGGGCGUGAAAACGGGUGCCAUUCCCAAGGGCUUGCCCUCUUCAUCCUCGACCGCCAAGUCAGUCAUUUCAAAAUCGGACAAUGUCGGGAAAGGAAGCGGCAGUAAUAGUGUUAGCGCUGUUGAGAACGGUGCCGUGCCCAAACACAGCUCGAAAAAGCACACUGCCAUUGGGCAAGUCAAGCCUUUGGCCAUCAGUCCCGCUCCUCGGGCCGCCCCCUUACCCACCACACCGGGUUCAUCAACCACGACCACUCCUAUUAAACCAUUGGUGGACGCCAAGCAAAGGCCGUUCAUCUCUACCAAGCCCUCGGCCACGGUGACCCCUACCAUCAAGUCCACGUCAGUGGCGUCCAGCUCAGGCCUGGGUUCCAGUAUGAGACGGUCUUCAUUAAACACAACGAGUGCCACGAAAACGGUGACCACGUCAACGACCACGAAAUCCAGCACCUCCACUACCACCACUGUUGAGAAGGGCGAAGCGAGCAGUACCACGUCCAGCCCUCGAACUGUCACCGAUGCCAGCUCACCUCAGCCUUUGGUGAACGGCGUGGACAAGGGCCCUCCGGUCUCACCAGAGAGCUCGACCCAUCCCGAGAUCUCGUCGACCAUAUUGGCUUCGCCUUUAUUGGACGAUGCUGAAAGUGGGGUGUCUUCCACCACCAAGGAGCUCCUAUUGGAUCAGAAUAAGGCCGCCUUGGCUGUUACCACCACAAUCACCACCACGAGCACCUCCUCAUCGUCGUCGUCGUCGUCGACGUCGUCCACGAGCAACAACACAUCCACUGGUACCCAUCAUUUGCUGGCCCGAGAUCCGUUGCGGCCCAUUAAGAAGGAAAUGGACGGCUUGGGUGGUGGCGGGAGUGGUGAUGGAGCACCCCUCGUCAAGAAGGAAAUGAAGUCCAUCGAGAAAAUGGACCCACUCAAGGAGUUAUUCACUCCUAUCUCACACACACAGAACGCCGUCAAAGUGAAGCAUGACACUCACCUCAAGGCCAUGAAGGAUGGCAAGAAAGUGGAUCCGUCGGUUUUGAAAGAGCUGAAGAAAUCCUCCUCUCGAGAGCAUCACCAUCACAACAACUACCACCAUCACAAGGACAGCAAAAAGACCAGUCAUCGAGAGGCUCAGAAGAAGUUGAAGGAGAAGCAAGACCAAGAGUUCCUGAAAGACUUCCUUGUGGCCACUGACACCAUCCCCAUUCACAUCAAGAAAGAGGUGAAACGAGAGAAGAAAGACAGCGAGAGCAGCCAUAACAAUCAUCACCAUUCGGAUUCGAAGAGCAAGGACAAAAAGAAGGACGAGAAGAGCAAACGGAGGCUGAGCUCGGUCCAUGAUCAGAACUCAACGGAUGGCCUCUAUGAGGCCAAACCGGCCAAGAUCCCCAAGCUAAAAGUGGACAGUGAUGGUGAGCCUGAUAUCAAGAAGGCCAAGAGCAAUUCGGGUGAAAGUGGCACAGCGAGUGGUCCCACUCCUCAGCCUGAGAUCAACAAGAUUGGCAGGAUCCCGAAAAUCAAGAAGGAUCCGGGUGCUGAAGAGGCCAAGAAAUCCGACAAAGACCGAAAUAAAUCGGUGGAAAAUAAGUCCUCCAAGUCUCGUGACGAUGAGAAGAAGCAUGGAAGUAGCAAGUCGUCCAAGGAUCGCAGUCACCACCACAGUGGUCAUCAUUCGCAUCACAAAGAUCGAAGCCACAAGUCCUCGUCAUCGAAGUCCAAGGACCGGAGCAAGAAGUUAUCCUCUUCAGAUGGAAAGAGAAGCAGUUUCAUCUUCUCAUCCGAUGACGAAUCUCACAAGAGCAAGGAGAAAUCCAUGCAUCGAGACUCGAUGUCCAAGCACUCAAAGUCUGAUAAACGAGACAGGAAGGAUGAACGUCGCAAAUCCACAACUUCGUCCGGACCCCACAAGGAUUCAUCCAAAUCCAGUCAUAAGAGCAAGAACAUCACUCCCACCAACCAUCCCUUGGCCAAUUUCGCUUCCUCAGAUUCCAUGGAUUCGGACGAUUCUGAAAACGGCAAAGACAAAGGCUUCUCGAUCUUUGAUGAGCCCAUAUUCGAUGUGGAUAACCCGGUGUACAUGUCCAUGUAUGACAAGGUCAAAGCUCGCCGAUCGUGUGUUCGAGACCGAGAAGAGGCUGUGAAGAAACAACAAGAAGCCAUGUUGGAGAAAUUCAGCAAGUUGAAAAAGGCCAGGAUGAAUAAGAAGUCCAUCUCAUCAGAUUCCGGCUCAGACUCGGAUGGCGAGGAUGAUGGAUCGGACAGUCAGAAGCGUAGACAGAUAAGGAAACAGCAGCAAACCCAAAGAUCCAUCAACAAGAAGAAACAUCUGAUUACCAGUUCCUCCGAGGAUGACGACAAUGAAGACGCAGAGAAGCGACGACCACCCUCAAAGAAGGUCAAGACCUCAAGCAAGAUCUCGGACUCGGAUAAUGACUCGGAUCAGUCUGAGGCCAGAAGGAAAAAGACAUCUUCUUCCAAUUCCACUUCCACGACCAGGAAGGUUGUUUCAGAUAUCACCUCCGACGACGAUGACUCGGACGGCCAGGUCCAAGCCAAUGCGAAAAGACACAGGAAAAAGGGCGGCUCCAAAUCUGCUCUGCUGUCGCUUGACACGUCCGACGAGGAUGAGGAUGAGACUGAGACCGAGAGCAAGGACAAAGUCCAGCCAUCUCUGCACAAUCAUAGGAAGCCAAAGAGUAGCAAGUCCAGCUCAAAAAGUAGCUCCAAGAAGGAGAAGGAGAACAGCAAGCCCAAGAAAGGCCCCAAGACAUCAGCCACGGCCUUGGUCAAGACUGAACCCCUCUCCUCUGAUUCCGAUGAUUCCGAACCCGUGAAGAAGAAGGCCGCCGCCACUGCUGUGCUCCUUCAUCAAAGGAAAAAGAAAAAGCACCAUUCGUCUUUGAGUGCCUUGAACUCUGCCAAUAGUGGGAGUGACUCCGAAGCGUGUCGAUUGCAACUUUCCAGUGAUUCGGAUACACCCACCACCACCACUUCGAGCCACAACAAAGAGAAGGCCGUCAAGAAAGAAACACCCGUGGCAGCCUCAAUCCCGGCCCCCACAAACGCCCCCGCCGCCACCACCACCAUUGCCCCCGCCCCCGCCAUCUCUACCUCCAAAUUAAGCAGUAGUAGCAGCAGCAGUGGUGGUGGUUCUAGUUCUGUGAAGACUUCCAAGAGCACUUCAAGCAAGGACGAAGAGAGCAAACCAAGGAAACAUUCAUCGUCCUCUUCCUCUGGCAAAAGCAAAGAAAAGAAGAGAGAAUCCAGUAAGAAACAUGACAAGUCUGGAAGUAAGACGUCGUCUUCGAAUAGCAAUAGUACAGCUACACCAACAACGACAGCCCCCACCACGGUUCCAAGUUCAGUCAGUGCUACCAUAUCAUCCUCAGUAGCUACUACCUUGGGAGCUUCGGCUCAAACCAGUGGGGCCAACAUUUCCACGUCUAACAAGACCAAGGGUGAGAAGAACGAUUUGGACAAACGCAUGUCCAAAAUAUUUGGUUCCUCUUCUGACGAGGAUGCACCGGUUCCCGUUCCAUCAUCGAAAGAGUCUGGGAAAUGUGCUUCAAGCGUCAGUACUCCAGUUAUUUCCAAUAAACCAUCAACACCCUCAGCCAAACCUCAAACGCCCAAGAGCAAGCCCUCGACUUUGUCGCUAUUCGAUGAGACUGACGAAGAGAAAGAGGAUAUUACCAAGGCCACAAUUCCGACGGUCAAAGACUUGAACAAGGUUGAGAAGAAGAUCGAAGCUCCGGCUCUUCUCUCUGAGAGUGAUUCGGACAAUCAGCCAUCAAGACCAAUUACGCCCGCGUUGCCCGAAUUGAAACCCAAGGAAGAGAUCCCAGAGGUCAAGAAGUCCCGUCAUCAUUCGGGAUCGUCCAAGUCUCGACAUGCUAGCUCCAGUCAUGAGUCCAUUCGGGACAGUAACGACGAAGACAAAGAGAAGCACAAGAAGGAAAAGAAACGGAAGAAAGAGAAGAAGGACAAACAUCGACGAUCCUCUUCCCAUGGGAGUGAGAGCAAAGACCAACGAUCCAGCAAAGACACGGCUGAGAGCUUGUUCGAUAUGCUCACCGUCAACACUGAUCUGGACAACUCCAAGAAGCUUCUGUCGCCGUCAUGCAAAACGCCCAAGUCGAUCCUAUCGCCAGCGGAGAAGAUCUUGUCACCCAGAAACAGCGUCACAUUCGCCGACACGGUCAAAACCGAGCCCAUGGAGGUGGUUGAACCGAAACAGUUGCCCUCUCCAACACCUGAGAAGGUCUUAACGACAAUAUCGACUCCUGCAGUAACCACCAGCACUCCUCCCACUGCUGUGACUUCAUCCGAAGUUGUGCCACCUACCGAGCCGAAACCGAAAAUCGAACCUGAGGUAGUUGCGCCUCCAGUGGAGAUCAAGGUGGAACAGCAAGAUGUGACGAGUGAAGUUCAGCCCACCAGCAAGGAAUCAUCUGGCCGUGUGGUCAUCUCUCAUGAGGAAACUGAUCAAGCUGUCGCGGCUUUGUUGGGCGAGUCCUUUGAUGACAAAGAGCCUCCAAAAGAGAACAACGUCCUGCCCAUGGAGACUCCAGUUCCAGUUGCUCCACCCCAAGAGGUCGAGACCGAAUUCGAGACUCAAUCGGCUGUGGCUGGCAUUGUGUCCGAAGCUGAUGAGACCGCUUUGGCUGUGGCUGGUCUGGCCGAGAGUCUGGACACUACGGAAAAUACACCUGACUUUGAAAACCUAGUUGGAAGCUCCUCGCCCAAGAAGAUCCAUGAGGAAGAGCCAGCUGAAAAUCUCAGGCAAUCACUGGAGUCAAAUAAGUCUGCUUCACCUGUUGCGAAUGAAGAGACUAAAGUAACCAAAGAAGAUGGUAGUGCCAGUGAAUCAGAGACAUCCGUGGCCAAACGAGGUCGAGGAAGAGGACGCGGACGUGGGAGAGGCCGAGGCCGAGGUGCGGAAAUUGCUACCACCCCAGUCAAAUGCGAGCCAGCCCCAGUCAGUGCUCCUUCAACUCCUGCCAAUACCACCCGAGGACGUGGACGCGGUCGAGGACGAGGUGCGAAAGUGGUUAGUCCCGAAGAAGAAAAGACACCUGAGAACACACCUCCCCAACCACCAGCCACAGCAAAUGCUCAGCCCACCGCAACUCCACGGGGUCGAGGUCGAGGCCGAGGACGUGGGCGACCGCCAUCCACUGCUGCUCAAAAUGCCAAUGUCACGCCAAGAAGGAGAUCUCACCCGAGCGAAAGUUUUGAUGAGAAAUCUGGAGGAACAACCGCGGCAACUUCGGUUUUCGAUUGGCCAGAUUUCGAUGACGAUGAUGGAGCGCCAAAGGUGCCACUAUCACAUGCCAAGGACUCUCCUGAAGAGAAAAAGAAAGAAGGAAGUAAAAAGUGUAUUGAAGAAGUUCCAGAGGCAGGACCAACGGAAGACAAAGCUCCUGAAGAGGCUCCUCAACCACCACCUGUCAAAGAGAGCAACCCAAGUCCAUUACAGCUCACUGUCCCAGAGCCCGUGGAAGAGUCCUCUGCCCCAAAGAUGGUAUCACCAAGACCCUCUCCCACCAACAGACAACGAAGAAGCACAGGCAGUAAGAGUAGAGAUUCGCGAGAGUCUGAGGAGGAUGUCGCUCAAACUGAAGAGAAGAUCAAGGCUAUUCUUGAGCUGGCCAAGCAAGAAGAAGCUGCUCAAAAGGCGGCCAAGGAGGCGGCCGCCAUCAUUUCAGUCCCUCCCAGUACCACCAUCAGUGCCAGCAGUCCUGUUCUUACUAACGCCACCCCUGAGAAGGUCAAGGAGGAACAAUCUCAGUCUCCACCCGCUCCAGUCAAACCUCAAGGCCAAAUAUCUGUCCUUGAUCCAGAAUCAGGCAUGGUGGUGCUCAAGGACCACAAAGAGGUGGCUGAGCUCACCCGUAAGUUGGCUGCCCAAGCUCCAGGAGGGUUGUCUUUGACCAGAACUACCUUGCCCCCCACGACAUCAACCUUGCAAUCUCUAGGGCCUUCAAUCAUAACUGGACACCCACCUCCCAUGCCAGCUCCGUUGUCAUUGGUGAACCUACCACCUUCCACCAGUGCUCUAGCCGCGGCCAUUUCCACUGCUGUCUCAUUCACUGGAGCUCCUCAACCCACAGUUCUGACUUCACGCCAGACGGCACCCCCAAUGAUGACUCUACCCCCUCGGACCACUCUUGUGCAGGCUCCAUCUGCUCACUCACCCAGACCCUCAAUGUCUCCUUCAGGUGUGAACUUCUCCAACAAUCGUCAAGGAGCUCCAUCGCCUGCUUUGCCAGUUCAACUCCCAACUCAACCAAUUCCACCGAGUGAGAUCAAGGGCCCCAAGCAAGUGCUUCUGGAACACAAUCCAGGCUGUGCCUCUCCUGGAGUGAGCAUCGGUCAGACCUCGCCCAUGGCUUCCUCAGUGGCGAGCCCUCAAAUCAACCUCCCAACCAUGCCUGUGCCGAGAUCGGCUGCCAUUAACCAGGCGGUGGCCAAAACCAUGGCGGCUAUGUUACCAAGUGAACCCCUACCUCUGGCCAUGACCCGGGCCACAUUGCCCCAGCAUCCACUGCCACCAACCCAACCCUCUGCUGACCAGCUAGCAGAGCUGAAACAUAAGGAACACAUGGCAAUGAUGUCUCAGCGGGCUCUUGACAAACCACCACAGAAGGGCCAUAUCAAACCACGAGACGUUUUUGGCGGUGGUCUUCACCGAAUGCCUGAAGAGGUUGCCAAGAAGGAGGAACAGCAACAACAACAGCAACAACAACAACAGCAACAACAACAGCAACAACAACCUCAAUUGCCCUCGCACCCGGUUCCCAUGACAGAUUAUAGUGACUACAUGCGAUUGCAUCAAGAACAGCAGGAGAUUGCCAACUUGUACAAGUUCUACAUCAGCCGAGGCCAUCCCGAACACCUGGCCCUCCGCCUCUCCCAACAGCAAGUCAAGGCUAAGCGACCAGAGCACGAGGGUGUGGUAUCUGCUGGUGCCGUGCCAGCCAACCUCUUGGAAACCUACAGCCCCAAUCCCGCUAACCGUGUGCUCCUAUCUGAGCCAUUCAGAGAUACGGCCUCGCCCCGAGCUCCACCACCCGCUCACUCGUGCUUGCCGAAUACCUUCUUGGGUCACUCUAGUCGGGUGGAUAUGGGUCCAGCCGAGUCCUCACCUUAUGCUUAUCCACCUAACGCCAUGCCCAAGGUGCUCCCGGACAACUAUCCACCCGUGACCGUGGACGACACUCAAGGCGAAUUCACGUUCCCCAACUUGGAGCACUACCCUGUGGUAUGGCAAGGCAUUCUCGGGCUCAAGAGCGAUCUGGCCACAGUGCAAUUCCAUUUCGUCUCCGGCUCCAAGGACCUGGCUCGGCUCUCCUUGCCCAUGGACAUUGGUGACCUGGGAGGCAUGCCAUCCCUGAAGAUUGGCCAACGGAUGCGUCUUGAACCGUCCCAAUUGGAAGGUGUGAGCCGGAAGAUGGAAUCGGCCAACGAACAUUGCGUCCUGAUGGCCUUGCCCUGUGGCAAAGAUCCCCAAGAUGUGGAGAUCCAAUCCAAGCUCCUCCGCUCUCAAUUCAUCACGUACCUGCAACUCAAAUCGGCUGCAGGGAUCGUAAAUGUGUCAGGAGCGGAUGAUCAAAGCUCGUAUGUAGUGCACGUGUUCCCUAGCUGUGACUUUGCCAAUCGGACCAUGAGUGUGAUUGCCCCCGAUCUUUUGGCCAGGGUGGCCGAAAUCCAGCAUAUGGUGAUCAUCAUUGCUACCACAACCUAGAAUUUCCUUUGAGAGACUUGAUUCGACUCAAAUACAACGAGAAGAUCAUCAUUAUCGUCAUUCCAUAAUCAAUUGCAAACAAAGAAGAAGAAAAACCCGGAUUAUUGAUAUUAAGCUGUUGAAACCUUUGAAAUGACAAAUGUUGCCACCACAACAACCACUAAAACCCCUCAUGUUUGUGCGUGUGUCUGUGCGUGUCACCUCUACCACCGUUUCUAGAUCAUCUUCUUGAACGACUAUUGCUACUUCUUGAACUAUCACUACUACUACUAUUACUACUACAACAAGAACUAAUACUACUCUUAUAAUUCUACCAUUGCGUUAAUUGAUAUCUGUCUAUCCUGUGUUGCUGUCAAAGUGAGAGCGGAGACCUCAUGGCUGUGUUUUUCGAAAUCUAUUUCUGAAAGAGGUCUCCCACCAAAUCACAACCACACACGCGACACAAAAUGUCUACUAUAAGUAUACCCACCAAAAACUGAUUCAAUAAGAGGAAUAAAUAUGCGAAGAAAAGGAUAAUAACAAUGAUUAAUACUGCCCGUAUCUCCACCACCAACAACAACAACUACAACAACACACUUGACUGUCAAAAGAUCAUUGUACUGUCAGCCGAUCAAUCGAUUCCCCCUUUCUCUCUUCUCUCGGUUCCAAUUGUUCUCAACUAUUCUUGUCGUGGAAAAAGCAAUCUUUCUCUCUUUACUGUUCCAAGUUCCGACUAGUUCGGUUUCUAUUUUGAAAGGAAUCGCCAAUCCUCACCUUGUUACUAAAAACGUUUGAGAAAAAGACUCUUCAAAACUACGCAAACACUUUUUGCUGUUGUCCCUUUGUCGACGCGAAAAUCCAAUGCUCCAGAGACUGAUCCGAGACCAUUUGGUGACUUGUUUAAUGCAUGGAGUGUUCGAAGACCGCCCACCCCUCGUGCCGGACCCCCCAUAUCCCACCCCUCGCGCCCAUUCAUUAUUAUCAUUCGCCGCGCAAAAUACCGAAUUUCUUGCACUCGAUACAAAAUCCAUUUUGCCCCCCCCCCUUCUUGAAAGAGCGAUUUAUUCAGCAUGAAUUAUUAUUGUCAACUGUUCAUUAAAGAAAAUAUAUAAUUAUAAAUAAACAACUCCGUAAAACAA